CAGUUUGCUUGUGUUUUCUCGUAUCAGCUUUAUCACUCGAAGCUUGUGUGCUUGUACUGAAUCUACUGAGUGCCAUGGAUUCUUUUCAACAGGAUGAGGGUCCAGACUUGGAAAACGGUGAUGGAUGCGAGAACAAUGAGAUUACAAUCGUCAUACCCCACACACUGCACAACAUUUCUUCUUCUUCUUCUUCUUCUUCUUCUUCUUCUUCUUCUUCUUCUGUUAUUCCCAAGGAUUCCUAUCAGAAGCUACUUCAUUCGGGCGGUCACUUCCCAGUGUUGAGACAAGUCCUGAAUGACCUACGAGUUCUUCUGGGCACAAAACUUGCUUUGCUCUUCCCAGCAAUUCCCUUAGCGAUUCUUGCGAAUUUCUUUGACUUUGGAAGAGCAUGGAUCUUCGUCCUGAGUUUGCUGGGGCUGAUCCCACUCGCCGAACGUAUCAGCUUCUUGACUGAGCAAAUUGCAUACUUCACUGGUCCGACAGUUGGAGGGCUUAUAAAUGCAACGUGUGGGAAUGCAACAGAACUUAUCAUAGCCAUAUUCGCCCUUAGGCAGAACAAAGUACAAGUACUCAAGUACUCGCUCCUGGGUUCGAUUCUCUCCAACCUCCUCCUCGUUCUCGGGACCUCUCUCAUCUGUGGAGGCUUGGCCAACCUCUCCAAGGAUCAAACUUUUGACAGAAAACAAGCUGAUAUCAACUUGGUGCUUCUACUAUUGGGACUACAGUGUCAGAUGUUGCCUUUGAUGUUUAGAUAUGGUGGUGGGGGUGGAUCUGAUCAUUGGGCGCAUCAAAGCCUUCGAUUCUCCAGAGCCAUUAGCGCUAUUAUGCUUUUGGCCUAUGUUGCCUACAUAAUUUUCCAAUUGAAAACACACAGGCAAUUGUUUGAGUCCCAAGAUCAGGAGGACAAGGGGAAUGAAGAAAAGGCAGUAAUAGGAUUCUGGAGUGCAUUUGGCUGGCUGAUUGUAAUGACAACGAUCACUGCAUUGUUGUCCGAGUAUGUCAUUAGUACAAUUGAGGCAGCAUCAAGUUCUUGGGGCAUUUCGAUCAGCUUCAUCAGCAUUAUUGUUUUGCCAAUUGUGGGGAACGCCACAGAACAUGCGGCCUCUAUUAUAUAUGCGUUCAAGAAUGAGUUGGACAUUUCCUUGGGUGUAGCUAUAGGAUCGACGACUCAAAUUUCUAUAUUUGUGGUUCCUUUAUGCGUUCAAAUUUCUUGGAUGAUGGAUGGUCAUAUGGAUCUAGAUUUUGAUCUCCUUGAAACUGUUUCGAUUGCCUUUGCAAUAAUGAUCAUGGGCUUCGCUCUACAGGAUGGAACUUCGCAUUACAUGAAAGGGUUGGCUCUCUGUCUGAGCUACGUCGUCAUUGCUGCAUGCUUCUUUUUCUGCAGCACUUUGUCCUCCUCCCCUCCAUUUCCUAUCUGACCUAUGAAGCUAAUGAAUGUUGACUUCGGUCCCUCAACUUAACCUAAUACUGAGAAAAAAGGCCUGCAUCUAUUCCUGAUAUACACUGAACAGAUGUUUGCCCCUUUGUAAUUGGAGAUUGGUGAAGUACUUCAGUACAUUAGCAAAGCAUACUUGCACCAUUACAUAGAUUUGCCACCAGGAAAAUUCAGUCGGCAUCUAAACCAUCCUCAUCUGAAGCACCAUUCGAAGGUUGUGCCCAUUUUGAUGGUGAAAGACCUUUGGACAAGUCAGCGCUUGAGUAGAUUAGCAUGAGGACGUAGCUCACAAAAGUCGAGUAAGCUACCUCAGGAAAGACGUGAUUUAAAGCUGCACGAACCUCAGAUAUCUUUUGAUUAUGUAUGGCCUGGACAUUCUGAACUAGUAACUCUAUGUAAUUUGUACUUGUUGCCCUGCCAGACUUAAGCUUAAAGAGCUAGCAAACGUUCUAAAUAU